AUGCCAAAGAAUUCUUGGCAUUCUGCAAAAUGUGUUGCCACACGAGAUUUUCCAUCUUCCAGCUGGUUGUUGACUUCUCUCACCUCAAUAGCAUCAAGGAAUAGCGCUGAUUUCAAUUUGUAAGUUAGUUUUACUUGUUUCCUUGAUUUUUAGGCACUUAUUCAUCUUAUACAUGAAGAACAUACUUUGAUUUUGUUGUUCUUGUGUUAUUCCGUUAUCAGUUUUGUUUUGGGGACGGUUUUCCUGACCUUUGCUGCAUUGUUGGUGCGAUUCACAGCGGUUUUUUACGUGAUAAUCACGAGAAGUUAUCAAAACAUUCGAAGAGGCCUGAUCCUCACAGUUUGGGUUCGAAAAAUCAAAAGUUUUGAAACAGUCGAACUCAAACUAUAAAUUGCUUGAGUUGACAACAUCCAUGCUAUGAUUUCAACGCAUCCACGUUGAACCUUUCUUUUUUAUUAGCCUUGAUUGAUGACGGCUAAAUGUUUGUUGUCCAUCCCAGACGACCUCUGUAAAAAUGCAAGGUUUUUUGGAAAUUGCUUUGUUUGCUAGACACUCUGAGCCUUUUGGAAAAUGCUGUCAACUGAUUUGCAGCCUGUAAUGUUGACUUUUUGAUAAUAUUACUCAUGUUUUUCUAUGAAUGAGAAGAAAAGCGCGGGAAUUUUGAUAGUCCAAUGUGAAAUGCAUGAGAGUUGCUAGUUAGAUGUGGAAUAUAUGCCACUAGGGGAGGCCUCAAAAUUAGAGAGGAGAUUUUGAGCGGGUUUUGAGGUUUCGUUUGCGGUUGGAUCCAUCAGAUGUCUAGUGUAACAUAAUUUCUUCAAAUAAGGUCAAAUUUUAUCUUUUUCUUCCGAAGUUUUGUUCUCCAAGGCACGAUGGACAUGUUUUCUUGCUUUUUAUUGCAUUUGCACCGCUCUCCUUUAUCUUCUCACUUCAUUUUCCGCCAAUAUUAUCCAUGGGAUCAACUGCUCUCCAAAAACAAGUGCAACAGUUAGAGUCUUCCUAAAACUGACCUUUGCGCUUUUUCAAAUUCCGCAUACUUCUUUUCCACCUGUCAAACUACAACCAAUAUCACAUGAGUUGUGCCUCAAAAUACAUCAGAGACCAUAAACUUAUUGGAAAAUUUGGAAAUUCCGAAAAGAUUGGACGAUAAACAAAGUAAUCAGCGAAUAAAACAGGACGUAUUUUAAAAGAGGAAGUGGUUACGAAAAAAAUUUUCCGCAUCUUGGGGUAAAACUAUUCAUUUUGAACCUUCAAAUCCCGUGUGAUUCGUUUUUUCGAGUCCAAAAGUAAGAAACAAUUUUUUUGAGCGACUCCAUUAUAGCCCUUAUCAUAGUGAGUGAUUAUGCUGAUGGGUCAUGCGGCGAGGAUGCUGUGUCUGCGCCCUGUUCCGACGAAUUCGAAUUGUGUGAGUUUUUUCGGGGAUAUUUUAGAAGGUUCAAAAUGAAUAGUUUUACCCCGAGGUGCGGAAAAAUGUUUUCAUAGCCACUUCCUCUUGUAAAAUACGUCCUGUUUUGCUCGCUAAUUACUUUGUUUACCGUCUAAUCUUUGCGGAAUUUCUAAAUUUUCUAAUGUAAGUUCAUGGUCUCUGAUGUAUUUUGAGUCACAACUUAUGUGAUAUUGGUUGUAAGUUUGGUAGGUGGCAUGGAGAGAAAGCAUGCGGAAUUUAAAAAACGCGAAGGUCAGUUUUAGGAACGACUCCAACUACUGGACUUGUUUUCGGAGAGUAAUGUGAGAUCAUUUGAUCCCAUGGAUAAUAUUGGCGGAAAAUGAAGUGAGAAGAUAGAGGAGAGCGGUGCAAAUGCAAUAAAAAGCAAGAAUAAAUGUCUAUUGUGCUUUGGGGAGAGAGAGAGUCUGAUGUGAUAUGUCUUACCUCCUAUUUGUUUACACGAACUUCUCCGUGAGCAUAAUAUUUAUUUUUCGAGGUGUCUGAUUAGUGCGUUUCAUGGAAAUACUGAAGGAUUUCUGAAAAAAUUUCGUUAAUUUUCCGUCUUGAAGGUCGAUUUGAAAAUUGCGAACGAUUCUCAUGGACAAGUUGGUGAUUUUCCACUUUCGGAGGUAAAAUACAGACUCUUCUUGAUGUAUGAUUGAAGAUUUGAGCUUUUUCAUUUUUUUCAUCAAUUUUUCUCCUAAAACAAUAUAAAUUUGCCUAAAUUUCCCGGUUUUACCCCAUAUCUUUGCAGAAUGACCUCUCCUCCCAAGGAUCCCGAGCCCAUGUCACCGGAAGAUGAUGAGCCGGACAUCUCCGAGUCGGAUUUUGCCAAUUUUGUGGACCAUCAAAUUGAUCGCCUCAUCCGAGCCGAGAGGAUCAAAAAUCCCGAUUUGACCGCCUUGGAAGAGCUCAAAGUGGCUGUGGGAUUCUGUAGACGAUUUCUCAGCGAUGGAACGUCGGAUCACGACAAACGAACAAAAGUCAUGGCCAAAUUGGUGGACUUGAAACUGGAACAAGACCAAAUUGAAGUGAGUUUUUGAUUUUUUUUGUGAUAUUUGGUGUUUAGGAAACGCAAAUGGCGCAAGAGCGUCCUAAAUGACAUUCUGGGUUAUGUAGAAGUUAAUUUUUGACCACAUUUCGGUGUAAAAGCGGCUUUUAUUAUUUGAAAUCGAAAUUUUUUUACGAAUCAUGACUGUUCCUCCUCAAUUAGACCUCUAAAAUUUUUUGAAAUUCAUAGUCUUCACAUUAGUCAUCAUUUUCGAGCCUUUUUCGAAAUUGUCUGCCACUUUUUUUGCGAAAAAUUUUAAAGUACGCAGUGGUUUGGGUUAUCAGUUCCGAACCACAUUUCGAACGUCUAGUGCCAAUUAAAAGGCCGUUUUUUCGCCGACCUUCCGGCUGAUAUGAUAGACCGAGUCUGGAAUUGGUCUUUGAAAGAAAGGAAUAUGAAAAAACGAAGAAAGUGAAAGAAUAUUUCGGUUGGACGCAAAUUUAGAUUGCGAAGACUUAAUUUGGUAUAUUAGAGGGUGGGAAAUGAUCUGAGAAUUUAAUUAGGAGCUGAACUAUGAAAAAAAUGUGAUUUCUAACAAAUUUUUGGACAGUUUGAGGUAAAAACGGCAAAUUUUGGGCCUGAUUUUUUUCUGAAGCCUAUUGGGUGGAUCCUGAAUGUAGUGCUUAUCGUUGUGGCACUUGCUGACUUUUGUUUUUGAGUUUGUUUUGGAAAAUAAGUUGAUUGAAACAAUUAUCUUGCAUUUCUCCCCAAUUUUUAUUAGAAACAUUCCACUAAAAAACCACGUAUUUUUUGUUGCGGUUCUCCGAAUUAUCUGUAAACAUGAUAACUCUCACAUUUGCAACAUUCUGAAUUCACAUGGGCAUCAAAGUAAACACUAAUUAGUGGUUCAUUUUCCUCUGCAAAUUUUUGUUUUCUCUCUUUUUAUCGUUGUGUUCUUUGGAAUCUGCCCGGAAAUGUGCUCUUCAUAUGAAGAUAAUCAGGUCAAAAGGUAUAGCACCAUUUUUGAAGUCAAUAUUGUUUUAAUGGAAUUUGGUGGAAAUGACGUUUUGACUUCGUAGACAUUUAAAAAUGAAGUCCAAAUAGGGUUGUUGAAGUUUAGAUAAAGAUGAUUGACGCGAAAAUUGGUGAUUAUUGUCGACCUUAUUCUUUGAAGGUUUAUUUGGGUCUAAAGAGAGUUUUAAGGGAUUUGUGAUGGCUCAUAACAAGUAAGGUGUCUUGUAAUGCCAUUAAAUACCGAAAAAUUAAGUACGAAUGAUACAAAUAAGCGUGUGUGCCGAAAAAUGCUGCAAAAAUCAUAAGAUGACGCUUUCUAAAGAUGGGAUUUGUCUUACGGAAGCUGUUUCCGAGCCACAGAAACCGUUGGUGACAGAUAUUAUAAAAAAAUGGGGUUUUUAUAAAAUGAAUUCGUCUUACAGAAGCUGCUUACGCUCUAAACGAGCCUCCGAAUCAUAGAAAUCGCCGGUGAUGGACAAAUGUGGCUAUGUCAGCCAAAUACAGGCCGGAUGAGCUCUAGACUACAAGAAGGUCGAGAAAUGAGUAGAAUAAGCCCGGAUUUGAUUUCAAAAAGUAUCGCAGAGAUAAAAAAAUACGCAAUACUUUUUGAAGUCAUGUUCGGGGUUAUUUUGAUUUUUUCGGCUUUGUCGUCUAUAGCUCUCGGCCUGUGUUGAACUGGCAUAGCUGCAUGCGUCUAUCACCGACGAUUUCUAUGAUUCGGGGGCUCCUAUAGAUCAUAAGCAGCUUCUGUAAGAGGAAUUCAUUUUAUAAAAACCCCAUUUUUUAUAAUAUCUAUCACCAACGGUUUCUAUGGCUCGGAAACAGUUUCCGUAAGUCAAAUUCCUUCUUCAGAAAGUGUGAUCUUACGAUUUUUUGCUGCAUUUUUCGGUACACGUGGUUAUCAACCGACUUAUGGUUUGCAGAACUCUUGCUGGUUCUUGUUUACCCUUCGAUCACCACAUGAUGUACGAAUCUAGACUAUAAGUUGUUUUGUUUUCGACCAAGAGAGCAAUCAGUGAUUUCCAAACACUAAUCAGAACGACAAUAUAACUUUUCAUCCAGAACUUUAAUGCCCGAAUUUUUUGCAAAUUCUAUUGACGGGAAUGUCAUCAGAAAUACAUAGAAGGAAUGGAGAUGACGCAAUGGGUUGGGGUUGCAGAUUAGGGAAUUCGGGAUAUCCUUGAAUUGUCUUAUGAACAGGGGAUUGUCAGAUAAAAAGAUAGUAUUGUAGUUUGGAAGUCAUCGUAAGAAAGAGGCGAGGUUUUUUGUGAUCUGGAAUAGAUCAAUGAAGUUUGUGGCUUUCGUUGGAUUUUAGUUUGUCAUCUUGGUGGUGUUCUUGGGCUCCGGAUUUUGAUUGAGUCAGCAUUUUGUUGCCAUCUAUCGACGAUUGCAGGUUUUCAUAGAAACGAGUGUGGUUUUACUUGUUCAUUGGUUCUUUGUUCUCUUUGAGCUAUUCUAAAACGAUGUCUCCUGCGGUUUGAUAAAUUUUAAAUGGCAUGUAAAGCACCUGGGUAGUCGGUUGAAAGAGUGUUGACUAUGCGGUAUCGCCAAGGUCGUCUUACAUUUCUAUUAUGGUUCUUUAUCCACUUUUCAAAUAUUCUCAGGCGUAGGAUGCCUUCUCAGUAAGGUCUUCAAAGCUUAUUGCAAGAAAUUGGACCAUGCGCCAUGACAUGGAGUGUGAAAACAUCUCACAAGUAAAAUAAGCUUAGCUUGCGGUGGACAUGUUCGCUUCCUUUUUACAUGAAGUACUAAAAAGUACAGGUUAUUCGUAUUGAAACGAAGGUCUUGUCUGUCAUCCCCCUUAUCGUUUUUGUUUGAAAAUGAAGGUUGACCUCUGGGCACGUGCGUUUUCCUUUAAUCACAAGCACUUUUUAUUAUUUUCCGUUCGGUUUUUUAAUGAAUUCGUGGUUGGUAUAUGGUAUAUUUGUUUUUUUUGCGGAUUCGGAAAGUUGGUGAUUCAUUGGUCGUCAAAUGUGAAGUUUGCAAACAUGGAUUUCUUAGAAUUUGAGACGACUAAUUUCUGAUGAGCCAAUCAGGGCGGUCAGAAUGGGCUGAAGUGUGUUUGCAACGUUUUGUAAAGGGGUUUGGGAUAUUUUUGGUUUUGUAAAUCAAACCAAAUAACCCUUUCUGAGUCUUAUUAUACAAUUGUCAUGUCGUCCAAUGGAUUUCUUCGUUUUCUGGUAAGUGUUGCGGAUUUUUUUGAAUACGAUUUGUGGUUAAAUAAGAUGGCCAAGGCUAGUAAAAGUAAAAAAUCGUCGUUGUCUAAUGGUCUCUCUCUCUCUGUGUUGAAUAGUCUCCCCAUCUUUUUCUUUUAAUAUUAAACUUGGAUUCGACAGUUAGGACGGAGGAUACCGGUAGUAAACAUCUUCUAGCAUUUGAAGGUGUUGGUGUUGCUCUGUAGAUACAGUGAGGGACCUGAUCCAGUGCAAAAAACGUACCAUUUUGCAUCCGGAUAGUGUAAAAAAAAAUGUGGCAAAAUGCCUCCCUUUCCAACUAAAAAAGCUCCGAUUUCAAAAGCGAGCUGUUCAAAUCGGAGUUUUAGUUGGAGAAGGAGGCAUUUUGCCACAUUUUUUACAUUUCCUGUAUGCAAAAUGGUACGUUUUUUUGCCACUGGAUCAGGUCCUUCACUGUAUCUACAGAACAACACCAACGCCUUCAAAUGCUAAAAACCGUUUACACUGUCGGUAUUCUCUGUCCUAACUGUCAAAUCCAAGGUUAAUAUUAAAAGAAAAGACGCGGAGACUACACUUUUAUUAGCAUUGGCCAUCUUAUUCACUGGAUGCAACAAAAUUGUGUCUUAUGACAUCUUUUGUUAUGUCUAGUUUCUUGAUCAUGGUCCUUCCGAUUCAUUGAGUUAAUCUUUUUUUCAUUUUUUCGUUAUCUCGCAGUCUCUCGCUGUCUGCUUACGAAAAAUGACGCAAACGACAUUCCUCCUGCCAAGUCUGCAAAAACGUGACUUUGCGACUUGUAACCUCCAACCUUCCAUCUUUCUCUCAUUUCCUCACCCUUCGGACGGUCUCGUUCUCAAUCUUGCGACGCGUCUGAUCGGGUUUCGUCAUUCUUACCCUCCAAAGCAUGAUGCAGAAACGUUCCCUUGGUCGACGGCGCACUGAUAAGCAUGGCCCCAUCGUCAUGCGCCUCCGGAGGGGCGGCGGAAUUGCUGACUGUGUUUUGGGCCGAUUAGAGCUGUGCAGUCGACAAAUCGGUGCAGAUAACAGCCGGCCGGCGCGCCUGAAGACGGAAUUCUGGCAAAGGAGAGGUCGUUAAUUGCUGCGUUUUGUUGUCUCUGUUUGUUAGAACGUCUGAAGGCGGAAGAUUGCGAGUUUUCGAGGAGUUCUUGGCUUUUGAUUGCUUCUUUGUACCGUAAUUGAGUGGAAAUGGGAACUUGGACUCUUGGUUUUUGAUGAUUUAUGGGGUAGAAGUUGGAAUAAAGAAGUCUGAGUUGGGUUCACAUAAUCUUGAAGGGAUAUGGUGAACUAGUAAGGGAUUGCAGGGCUUCUGAAGCUUAUUUUAGCUUUUUUUUUUAGCUUUUCAUCGUGUUUCGAAACUUUUUUAUAGUGUUGUCCGUCUUAGACGGCCUUUAGGGACCUUAUUUUGCCUUCUGCGCUAUUUGUUGACCUUAUUUUAGACAUCACUUAUCGUGAUAUAGGAUUUUGUUUUUUUCGCGAAGUUGCGUUUUUCUCUAUUCUCCUAAAGGUGUCUUAUUAUAAUUCUUGUAGCACAAACUUACUCAAAAUGCCAAAAACAGCAAAAAUGGAUGAUAUUGAACAGAUGGAACGGUUGCAUUUCCUUAGAAUGGUGUGUAAAUAAAGAUUUCUUUGAGAAAGAUAUUGCAACCCCAUAUAUUUGUCUUUUGUUUGGUUCAAUAAACGUAUUUUACAAAUUUCAGGAGCAGAUCCAGUUCGGGGAGUUUGUCGAACCGAUCAAAAAGCACCGUGGCCAUGAAUUUGCCCUUCAAUCCAGCAGCGGCCGUAAUCCGUACUGCGAGAUUUGCGUUUCCACAAUCUGGAGGAUCUCUCAGCAAUGGAGAAAAUGUAAAGGUAUGUGCGUUGAUCAUGCUUGGGCAUAUUUUACAAUUUGUACGAACUUUUUUUGCAAAAUCGGACAAGUUAUACGAUGAAACAUGUUUGAUCGUAUAACUUGUGUCUUUUGCCAAAAGUUGUUGUGAAAAAGACUUCAGAUUGUUUAGAAAUAAAAGUAUUACUGUUUAAAUUUCAGUGUGUGGCCUGCGGACUCACGACAAAUGCAUAAACGAGGUCAAAAGACCCUGCGCCGGCCUCAAAACCCGCCGCGACAACUUCAAAUUGAAUCUCAGCCUGUGCCCGGAAAGCGGUCUGAUGGCCCAAACCUACAAAUGCUUCGAGUGCCUGAGGCCAAUCGGCUUCGGCAAGGGCCCGGAGCUGGAGCCGAGGAUAUGCGACUACACCGGAAAGUACUACUGUAAAAAAUGCCAUUGGAACGACGAAAUGGUGAUCCCAGCCCGAGUUGUGAGGAAUUGGGACUGCACAAAACGUCCGGUAAGAAGGCAAAUGUCCAGGGUUAGCGUAUUUUACAAUUUAGUUCUUUGGUGACAUCUUAUACGAUGAAAUAUGUCCUAGUUUUUGUUUCUCGACGAGUUUCGUAUAAAAUGGCAGUUUUUUAAAAUGUUUUUUAUACUUUUUAUGGCCGUAUUUUACCUCAGAAUGUUUAUAGGUGUGCCGGGCAUCGAAACAACUCCUCUCAUUGGUCGAACAAAAACCGAUUAUCAACCUAAAUCGCGAUAAUCCAGCCCUGUUCAAAUAUGUCGGCGCUCUCCAAAAAAUGCAAAAAUUGCGAAGCUCGAUCAUGUUCAUGAAAUGCUACUUUGUCUGCUGUAGAGUGAGUUUAUUUUUGAGAUUUUUUAGCGAUUUUCGAAUUGAUUGGACAUCGAUUUUUUGAAUGAAAUUGAAUUUCUUCAGCAAGCCCGAAAACUCCGAAUCCUCCAGCAUUUGAAUAAAUAUCAACAUUUUGUUGAAUCAGAGGACAUGUACAGCCUAACGGACCUAGUUCAAGUUGCUACUGGCCCCAUUGUGCAGGAAGUUGAACAAGUGGUCGAGAUUUUCAAGACCCAUAUUACACAUGACUGUGAAAUUUGCAAAGGAAAUGCCUUUAUCUGCGAACUUUGCGAUGAUGAUCAUGUAAGUUUUUGGAGUUUUUGAAGAGGUAGAUUGAUUAAAAGUGGGGUAAAAUAUAUUUUGGAUAUUGGUUUAGGUGAUAUAAUAUGAUAAAGUUUUUUGUGUUUUUAUUAGGUUGUCCAGAAAGUUGGUUCGUUUUUUCAUUGCUUUGUUUUACAAGGAUUGUUUGUUGUUUGGCAAAGGGUAAAUAUUUAUUUGAUACAGUUUUAUCUCUUCUACAAAACCAACGAACAAACAGUUCUUGUAAAACAAAGCAAUGAAAAAACCGAACGAACUUUCUGGGCGACCUAAUAUGUUUAUAAUUUUUUUUAUUAUGAUGAAAAUUUCAGCUCAUCUUCCCCUUCAAUGAAGGCGUUUCGAUCUGCAAAACGUGCUACGCCUGCUUCCACAAGCCCUGCUUCGAUCGCCGCUCGAAACGAUGCACUAGAUGCCAGAGGAGAAGGUCCCGAAAAGCGGUUGUUACUGUGGAAGAAGAUGAAACCGAGGAAGAACAGAUGGAUGAAGAGCAGAAAAAGAUCACAGAAGCCAAUGCAAGCACAGCAACUUUGGUCGGCAGUGUGCAAGAGGAAAAGGGAAUUGAGAUCGGAGUUGUCAAGGAAAAUGAAGAAAUUGCGAUGAGUUUGGCCGAAGAAAUGAGGGAAAUGGAGAUGAAAAAUGAGAGUCAAUGCUGA